UGUAGGUUCCACGCAGAGUCCUCCAAGUGGGUGUAGGUUCCAGGCAGAGUCCUCCAAGUGGGUAUAGGUUCCGCGCAGAGUCCUCCAAGUGGGUGUAGGUUCUGCGCAGAGUCCUCCAAGUGGGUGCAGGUUCCGUGCAGAGUCCUCCAAGUGGGUGCAGGUUCCACGCAGAGUCCUCCAAGUGAUUGUAGGUUUCAGGCAGAGUCCUCCAAGUGGGUGUAAGUUCCGUGUGGAGUCCUCCAAGUGGGUGUAGGUUCCGUGCAGAGUCCUCCAAGUGGGUGUAGGUUCCGCGCAGAGUCCUCCAAGUGGAUGUAGGUUCUAUGCAGAGUCCUCCAAGUGGUUGUAGGCUCCCCGCCGGGUCCUCCCGAUUGGUGCAGGUUCCGCGCAGCCGCUCGGAAUCCCAUCCCGUGACCUCGGGUGACUCCCAGCCCCUUUUUUUUGGGGGGGGGCCCUGACGUCCCCCGGUGCCGCUCUCUCCCCGCAGAUCCGCUGGAAGUACAUGAUCGUGGACGAGGGCCACCGGAUGAAGAACCACCACUGCAAACUGACGCAGGUGCUGAACACGCACUACGUGGCGCCGCGCCGCCUGCUGCUGACGGGCACCCCGCUGCAGAACAAGCUGCCCGAGCUCUGGGCGCUGCUCAACUUCCUGCUGCCCACCAUCUUCAAGAGCUGCAGCACCUUCGAGCAGUGGUUCAACGCUCCCUUCGCCAUGACCGGGGAGAAGGUGGAGGUGGAGUACGUCAUCAAGUGCGACAUGUCGGCGCUGCAGCGCGUGCUGUACCGGCACAUGCAGGCCAAGGGCGUGCUGCUCACCGACGGCUCCGAGAAGGACAAGAAGGAGGAAUCCUUCUCCGAGCACCUGGGCUUCACGGGCGGCAUCGUGCAGGGG